CAAGAAUUCGCUGUGAACAUAUAAUACAUGCAAUUAGGGUUUUGGCAUCAUAAUUAAAAUCUCAAUCGUCGAGCAGAAGCUGCCCAUAUCGCCGUGUCAAGUUCAGCAGGCACUAACGUCCUAGCCUAGCAGAGCCUUGGAAUGGCAGAACCAGCUGAAUAUCGCUGCUUUAUUGGAAAUCUAUCAUGGUCAACAUCAGACAGAGGUUUAAAGCAGGCAUUUGAAAAGUUUGGUCAUCUUGUGGAUGCAAAGGUUGUGGUUGACAAGUUCUCUGGCCGCUCCCGUGGUUUUGGAUUUGUUUCGUUUGAGGAAGAAAGAGCUAUGGAAGAGGCAAUGGAAGCGAUGAAUGGAAUGGAUUUGGAUGGGCGAUCUAUUACUGUCGAUAAAGCUCAACCAAACCAAGGAUCUGGUAGAGACCGGGAUGGGGACAGAGACCAUGACCGUGACCGGGGUCGUGAUCGUGAUCGCGAUAGAGGUAGGAACUAUGAUAGUGGUGGCGGGCGUGGAUCUGGUGGGGAUUGCUUCAAAUGUGGAAAGCCCGGACAUUUUGCAAGGGAAUGCCCAUCUGGAGAAGGUUCUAGAGGAGGCAGAUAUGGCGGGAGGGAUGACAGAUACGGAGGUGGUGGCGGUGGUGGAGGUGGCAGCAGUCGCUAUGGCCCUGAUCGUGGUAGUGAUAAAUACAGUAGCCGAAGCAGCAGAGAUUCAGGCAGUCGUGGUGGAUCAGGGAGUGAUAAAUAUAGUCGUGAUCGAUCAGGCCCAUAUGAUCGUCCCACAGGUCGCUCAUGAUUGAUAGGUGGUGAUCUUGCCAAUCCUGAAUCCUGUCCUCUACUUAUAUUAUAUAUCUGAUUGAUCAAAACUUCUGGCACGUGCUGUUUUUAUAGGGAUGAUUGAAAGCUUGGAAGGCAUCCAUCCAAUUCUUUCCCAUUUUCAUGUCAAUUCUGCUGAAGUACUCUUGUUUUUAUCAAAAUGAGGUUUUUGUCUUGCUCUUGGUCCUCGGCAGUUUAUUGAAUGUUUGGAGAUUUGCCUUCCCAGUGAUUCUUGCUUUGUUGAUAUCGGUAUCUGACAUUGAUUUCUAAAUUAGUUGCUAUUUUGUAGUUUUCAUUUUAUUGACAUUUGAACUUGCUAUGAAUAUUUCUUGUCAUUCAUUUCAAUUUCAUGCC